GUUCAAUCAGAUAAUGUGUGUAUGUACAUAUAUAUGUCGAUUGUACAAUAUUAUAUAUAAGAUAAUAAUGUAUUAAAAAGAUAGGACGUGGAAUCACACCGAUAGGUGAUUAGUGAAAUUCAUUUUUUAGCAUCUUCGCUGACCGCUUAUACUGAAGUUGAAAUGAGGACACUCUACCUCUUUGUGUUAUUUUUGGGUUUUUCAAAAGCUUCGACUCAACAGUUUGUCACAGGUAUCGACGAUGUCAAAUUCAAGGAGAUCAUCCAAAAAUUAGAUUUAAACGUAAUAAAAAGCAGUCUAAGUAGGCUUUGUAAUGAAGAACUUAAAGACGUUUUGUCACACUAUAAUGCAGACGACUUAAAAGAACAACUGGCAUCGUCAAAUUAUGAAAAAAAUGGUCCAAUAGAAUCAAUAAUUUUGGAAUUAUUGGAGAGAUUUCGUCAGAUAAUGCGCAAUGGUACGGAAAGUCUUCCGGUUUUGGAUCCUAUAGUGAUUAAAGAAAUUAGUUUAGGAGAUAAGACAAUUCCUAAUUCAGGUUACGUGCUCAUCAAUGAUUUAGUAAUUAAAGAUAUAAGUACAUUUGAAGUAGAGAGACUUCAGGUAUUAUUGUUUCGUCGAAGACUGGAUUUCAAUUUCGUAAUUCCAGCUGCCAGCGUAAACACAAGCAGCUACGAUUUGUUUUUUAAUGUAUUCGGAGGAAAUAUUUAUGGGAAAGGAGAUAUGCAACUCGUUAUUGAUAAACCAAGGAUUUUCGGUUACUUCAUACUAGGAUUCAGGAUCACUGGUAAAGGAAUAUUCUUAAGAAUUGAAGAAUGUCGUAUUCAGAUUGGAUUAGAAGCUUUUCGGCCAAUGAUCACUGGGAUGUUUGAGGAUCAAGCGAUUAGUGAUUUCAUAGCUGCUUUCUUGAGAAAUUUGAUACCGGAGCUGUUAGAAUUUUUUGAGAAAGACAUAGCGGAUACUCUGAGUUUGGUUGUACUUUUCGUUGGAAACUUAAUAUUGGCUGAAGUGAAUAUUGGUGAUUUAAUACCAACAUCUUAAUUUUCGUACUUCAAGGUCAACUUCAAUAUCAAAAUUUUGAAAAAUUAAAGAGAAAUACAUGUAUGAAAUUAU